AUGGCCCGGAACACGUCCCUGCAUUUCAGAGUGGUGGAAGGACGGGGCCUGCCCGCCAAGGAUGUGUCUGGCACCAGCGACCCCUACUGCAUUGUCAAAGUCGACAACGAGGUGGUAGCCAGGACCGCUACCGUGUGGAAGAACCUGAAUCCCUUCUGGGGGGAGGAGUACACCCUGCACCUGCCCAUGGGCUUCCACAGUCUCGCCUUCUACGUGCUGGACGAGGACACCAUUGGGCACGAUGAUGUCAUUGGCAAAGUAUCACUCAGCAAAGAAUGGAUUUCGUCUUACCCGCGAGGGAUUGACAGCUGGAUCAACCUGACGCACGUGGACCCCAAUGAAGAGGUUCAGGGCGAGAUCUGCCUGGAGCUGAAAGUGCUAGAGGAGCCCCAGAGGAGGGCCCUGUACUGCCAUGUCAUUGAAGCCAGAGACCUGGCCCCGCGGGACAUCUCCGGCACCUCGGAUCCCUUUGCGCGAGUGUCCUGUGAUGGCCACGCUUCGGAGACAGCUAUCAUUAAGAAGACUCGCUUCCCACACUGGGAUGAGGUGCUGGAGUUUGACCUGGAGGAGGGGGUGCCCGGAAAGGAACCCAAGGGGUCCCGUGUGAGCGUGGAGGUGUGGGACUGGGACAUGGUGGGGAAGAACGACUUCCUGGGAUGGGUUGAGUUCUCUCUGGACGCCCUUCAGAGAUCCCCUGCCAAAGGCUGGUUCAGGCUCCUGCCCUUCCCCACUGCUGAGGAGGAUGCUGGAGGAAAGCUGGGGGCUCUGCGGCUGAAAGUCCGACUGGCUGAGGACAGGAUCCUGCCCUCCAUGUACUACCAGCCCCUGAUUGAGCUCCUGGUGGAAUCCAUUCUGUGCCCUGCCGAGGAGGAGGAUGUCAGCCCGCUGGCCUUGCUGGAGGAGAUCAGCUCGGUGGAGAGCCGGCAGGACGUAGCCACGAAGCUGGUGAAGAUCUUCCUGGGACAGGGCCUGGCGGUGCCCUUCCUGGACUACCUCAACCUGCGGGAGGUGACCAAGACCACUGAUCCGAACACACUCUUCCGCUCCAACUCCCUGGCCUCCAAAUCCAUGGAGCAGUUUAUGAAGGUGGUUGGGAUGCCCUAUCUCCAUGAGGUCCUGAAGCCGAUCAUAAACCGGAUCUUUGAGGAAAAGAAGUACAUCGAGUUGGACCCAUGUAAGAUUGAGCUGAACCGGACCAGGAGGAUUUCCUUCAAGGGCUCCCUGUCCGAGGCCCAGGUGCGGGAGAGCAGCCAGGAGCUCCUGAAGGGCUACCUGAGUGACAUCAUGGAGUCCAUCAUCGGCUCAGUGGAGAAGUGUCCCGCUAUCAUGAGGGUGGCCUUCAAGCAGCUGCACAAGAGGGUAGAGGAGCAGUUUCCAGAAGCAGAGCAUGAGGAUGUGAAGUACAUUGCCAUCAGUGGGUUCUUAUUCCUCCGCUUCUUCGCUCCUGCCAUCUUGACACCAAAGCUGUUCAACCUCCGCGACCAGCAUGCCGACACCCGGACCAGCCGCACACUUUUGCUACUGGCCAAGGCAGUGCAGAGCAUUGGCAACCUCGGCCUGCAGCUGGGACAUGGCAAGGAGCAGUGGAUGGCUCCGCUGCACCCCUUCAUCCUUCCCAGCAUCACCCGCGUCAAGGAUUUCCUGGACAAGCUCAUCGACGUGGACAGCGAGAGUGCGGGCAAGGCCCAGCCCCGGACGCUCUUCCACCCCUCGGUCACCAUCAAGGAGGGCUACCUGCACAAGCGCAAGGCCGAGGGGCUCCACCUGCUCCCGCGCUUCACCUUCAAGAAACGCUACUUCUGGCUGAGCAGUGAGACCCUCUCCUACUCCAAGUCCCCAGAGUGGCAGGUUCGCUCCUCCAUCCCCAUCCAGCGGAUCUGCGCCGUGGAGAGGGUGGACGAAAACGCCUUCCAGCAGCCACACAUGAUGCAGAUCAUAACGCAGGACAACGAAGGGCAGCUGCGCACCAUGUACAUCCAGUGCAAGAAUGUGAACGAGUUGAACCAGUGGCUGUCAGCCAUCCGCAAGGCCAGCAUCUGCAAUGAGCGCAUGCUGCCCUCUUGCCACCCGGGUGCCUUCCGGGGCAACCGCUGGACCUGCUGCCUGCAGCCCGACCGCACAGUGCGCGGCUGCAGCCGGACUCACUCUGCCAUGACCCUGGGGGACUGGAGCGACCCCCUCGACCCGGAUGCCGAGACCCAGAUGGUGUACGGGCAGCUCUUGCUGGCGAGAGACAAGCUCAGGGAGAAGUACAUUGAGUGUUCAGAUGCGGGGCUGGCGCCGGAGCAGGAGAGGGGGCCUGGUACUCGUGCCCAGGGAGAGCAAGGCUGUUCCUGCCAGGACCGCCAGAUGGCUGCUGCUGCCCGCCUGCUGAACGUCAUACAAGACCUGGAGCGUGCCCACAGCGCCUUCGAGCGCCGGGAGAAGGAGGAGGCAGACAAUGACUCUCACCACCCCUGA